AUGGCAAGAGGUAAUCAAAGAGAUUUAGCUAGAGCUAAAAACUUAAAAAAGCAGGAAGAAGCAAAAAAAAGUCAAAAGCAAGGUGAUAAAAAUAAGAGAAUGGAAAAUGAUGCUGAAAAAAUGAGAGCAAAACAAGCAGCAGUUGAAGAUUCAUUCGUUGAUAUUAAAACCAGUAAUGGUACUACUAUGAGAAUUUUUGUUUAUCAUCCAAAAAUUCCAAAUUAUCCAAAUGUCAAAUUUCCUGGGGUUGUAUGUUGGAGUGAAAUUUAUCAGGUUACUCCACCUGUUACUAGAUUUGCAAGAGAUAUUGCGUCUGCAGGUUUUAUCGUUGCAUGCCCAUCAGUCUAUCAUGAUUUUGAAGGACCAGAAGCAUUAGCUUAUGAUGAUGAAGGAACUGAUAAAGGUAACAGAUACAAAAUUGAAAAAGAAUUGAAAUCAUAUGAUGAAGAUAUUAAGUUAGCUAUUGAUUUCUUAAUUGGUUUAAAAACUUGUAAUGGAAACAUUGGUUCAACAGGAAUGUGUUUAGGAGGACAUUUAGCGUUUAGAACAGCUUUGGAUCCAAGAGUGAAAGCUGCUUUUUGUUUCUUUGCAACUGAUAUCCACAUUCAUGCUUUAGGAAAAGGUAAAAAUGAUGAUUCCUUAAAAAGAUGUAAUGAAAUUAAAGGUGAAUUGAUCAUGAUUUUUGGAGAUAAAGAUAAUCAUGUUCCAUUAGAAGGUAGAGAUCUUAUUAGAAGUGAAUUAAGAAAGAAUAAAGUUGCUUUGACAUUUAUUGAAAUUAAUGAUGCUCAACAUGCAUUUGUAAGAGACGAAAAUAGUAAAGGUAGAUAUGAUUCUCAAGUCACCAAAUUAUGUUUUGAAUGGUUAAUGGAAUUAUUCAAUAGAAAAUUGAAAUUGGAUUACGGUGACCAUGAUGGUAAAGAAAGAGUUAUUGAAGAUGUUUGUUGA